CAAUUUCCAAAAUAGAUUAUAAUAGCAUUGAUUGGCAAACCUUACUUUGUAAAGUAAUUGAAGAAUUAUCAAACAAGAUAUACCAUCUGCAAUAUAAAAAUAGAAUUCUUGAUAUAUCUUUUAAUACAAAUGAGCUUAUGCCAUUAGGACCAACUAUGUAUGAAGAACUUGAAGACUGUGAAAAUAAAGUUAUUA